AUGACCUGUGCGGAGAACAAACCAACUGGGUUGGGAUCUGUCAAUGUCGCACAAUAUGGCUACUCGUACCUUCUAGCUUCGGCUUCACGGCUAGUGUACCUCCCCGCCCUAGACCCGAGCAACGCGACAGUACCUGCCCUUGGUCAACCAUCGCUCGCGACUGGCAAAGCUUGCUGCGCAACAGCUUCGUCGAAGGGCGGCUCGCUUGGCAGAUCUGCUCUACGGGUCAAGCCGACUGUUACAGGUGAUAUUGCAGCCUACAUAGCUCAUUGGGUGGAAAGUUGGAUGAAUGAGGGACUUGCAGAAGUGUAA